AUGGCUAACAUAUGGUCUACAGUUUUACUAUUAGGUUGCAUUGUGAGCAUUGCCAAUGCAAAGUUGUAUGCCACUUUGAAUGGAUCGAAUGGCGUUCUUGAAAACUCAACAGCGCUUGAACUAUCCGAAGGAGAGACGUUUCAAUACUACUUACAAAUCGAGGAGCAAUACCUGGAAAAUGUUAUUCUCAAGCCACGUGAGCCUUCCCUGCUACUCACAACGCUGGUAGAUACGUUUUCCCUUCACAACGACCAUACUGUAAAGUUUAAUAUCACUGCGUUGGAUGACGACGUUCCACGCAUGUCGCCCUAUCGAGCCCACGUGGAUAUAUAUGCCGGAGGGAACAGCGAACACGAACUGGUGAUAACGGGCACAAUCGUAGUUUGGAUUCGUGAUAACGACCAUGCUGCUUAUGUUUAUCAUGGAUCUCUUAGUUGGUGGAGACAGGAGAAAAUAGUGCAGACGAUACACAUCUGUAUUAUGUUGUCGCUGGAUCUGUCAUCGUUAGUUCCAGGUGCUAACAAGGGUACGGUGGUCGAUAUGCCUGUGAAUCUGAAUUUUGGAGAUGACACAGAUGUCCAAGAGUCUCUUCAAAUGAAGGUACUUAACAUAUCUGAGAAUGAACAAUAUGUCGUGCUUAUUACCAUUAUUGAACACGAGUAUACUUUCCGCACUUCGAAAGAUUUCUUCCACGUCGAUUUGGUUGUGUGCUGUAAACACCACACCUUACAUAAUGCAGAAGGAAGCAUGCUUCUAAGCACAACAGUUGAUGUGUUGAGUGAUGGAUCUCCACAACCACCAAUAAUACCUAUGUUACAUAUAUAUCAACAAGAUAGUACACACCCUGCUUACGUAAGGGGAUGGUCACCACAAGGCCAUCCACUCGUCUAUUCUAUCGGCGAAUACAGCCAUCUGGGCAGCACAGACAGACCCAGCCUGCCUGCAGACUGUGUAACGGUGGACAAAGUUACGGGUCAGAUUUCACUGCUUAUUGCUCAAAUUGCACCAGGACCAUGGAAUUUACCUCUGCUAAUUAAAGAUGCUGUGACUGAAGUCCAGAUUUCCAUGGAAACUGUAUUGGUAAUUGGUGACUUGGACAAGAAUAUGCCGCCUUAUAUCGUAGAGCCAAAGUCACACAACUGCUGGCAGGAUACCAAGUAUGCGUGUGUAGAUGAUGAAUUCGUCCUAGACAUUGUAGCCAGGGAUACAGAUGUGUUCGACACGAUGAAUAUCGUAGUCUUGUCGACCAUUCCAGAUAAUGAAAUGUCCAUAUCACGCGGUGAUAUACAUGAUAAAAAGGGAUAUAUAGAAGUGACAUGGACACUGACAUGGAAGCCAGUGACAGCUGUAUAUUACCCUGUAUGUUUCACAGCCCUGGAUAGUAAAGAUUCUUAUUCAAAUCCCCACUGUCUGGUUUUACAAGCGUUGCGUAAAUGCCACAACAUGAAGGCGCCGGUGAUUGAUUUAAAUGGAAUGGCGGCAAAUGGACAUGAUCACAUGGUGGUGUUCAUCGCUGAGAAGGACAGUGCUGUGCCGAUUAUUCACUCCGAUACUCAUAUCGAAGCAGAAGACAUCAAGUCAAUUACACUACAGCUCGUUGGCUUAAAAGACCAGAAGAGGGAGAUACUCGCUCCAAUUGCUGAAUGCCAUACAGAUAGACGAUUGCGUUAUUACCACUCUGACGAUUUUACCAGUAUUGUCAUAUCUGGAGAUUCUCAAGGGACAUCGUACGUACAGUUCCUCAGUUGUUUAAGAUACAUCCACACGCUUGAGUGUCCAACCGUCGGGGAUAGAGAUAUAAUAAUAUCGGUAAGGGACGUCAAUCAAAUGACUUCCACAUCUAUCACAGUGAUCAAAAUACAACAAUUAGACAAAUCUGCCGUAGCGGGAUACAAUGUUAUUGCAACCACGGGACAAACAGCGGGAAUAACUCAGGAGCAUGUCUUGAAAUUACUGCCAGACGGAUUAGAUAUUUUGAACAUGACCUUGGGGUUCAGUCCUCGAGCCAUCGCGGGUGGCAGUUUGCAAAUUGGCAAUGAUUUAGAUGAGUUAUCUAAUGUAAGCGUUGUUCUUAUAACUCACAAUAAAAUACUCAUCUCCGGCAAAGCAUCGUCUGAAACAUACAGACGAAUCGCCGAAGAUGUGUUAUAUACGAAUAAAGAAAACAGAGAUCAGUGCGUCAGUUUUGAAUUGCAUACAUUUGACGGUAGCGUCUAUCAAGACAAAAUAUGCGGUAUUGAUUUGACGAACUCACAUCCGAGAGAACGUAGGGAUACAAGUAAUGUGAUAGUGUACUUUACGGAGGAAGGGGGACCCAUAUCAAUACCCACCAAUCUGGGAAUAUUCGAUGGCUACAUGUCUGCACCAGCAUUUGUGACGAUCUCGCUGAUCCCGUAUCUUGAUAUUUACAAAGAAUCAUUAUCAGUUCAAAGUGUACAGAAACAAGAGACGUUUAACGUUGACGGGCGGCAGAUCGAUGCGCUCGUCACGUACACACCCGUCGUAGAUUUCACCGACGGCGUCUUGAACGUCUCUGGUUUACAGACUGUGAACGAGUACGAGGACGUGUUGCAGACACUGGUCUACGAUAACAUCGACGACGAGCCGAGUGAUGAAACGCGAUGGGUUAUGAUUAUGCCGCACGACGAAAAUUCUUACACGGUACCCAGGAACGUAUCUAUUGUGAUCAAUUUAGUGAAUGAUUCGCCAACGUUUAACGACAACCCACGAACCACGCCUAGUACAUACGAGGAUGCGACACGUGCCUCUCAAUUUCCGGUCACCACAUGGCAUUUAGCAGCAUCCAUUGUGAAUGACAGUGACGUAGAUGCAAUCAGUGGUAUCGCUAUUAUUGGAGUUGAUAAUGACCAUGGUAGUUGGGAGUAUCUGGCUUAUCCUAGUCACUGGAAAGAGAUUGAAUUGUCAGUAAAUACCAACCCAGAUGGAUCCGUUCCCCGGAAUACAACGUUGGAACACCUGUCAUUGGUUCUUGCUCUCGAAUUUUCCAACUUCGUUCAAUUUAUUCCACAUCCUAACUGGCAUGGUACAACGCACAUAACUUUUGUUGCUUGGGACAAGACAGGCGUGACGGCAAGUCUAAAUGAUGGAGAUCUCACCAAUGCAACAUCUUUGAGUAAUCAUGACCCCUUUAGUGAGGAUGCUGUUACAAUUGCAUUUGUAGUACAGCCAGUCAAUGACAACCCGACUGUGAAUGCAUCAACAAUAAUUGCCCUGACAACCAUAAAAGAAGACCAAGACAGCGGAGAUGGAGAUAGUAUUGCCAAGUUGCUGAGCAAUUGCCAUGAUGUGGAUGUUAUUGGAGAAGAACAUUUGGGAGUAGCAAUAACUUAUUCGGAUAUAAGCAAUGGCAUGUGGCAGUACACUAUAGAUAAUGGCACUGUGUGGAAUAAUAUCACUGCGGUCUAUAGCUAUAUGGCACUGGUACUUGGUGAAGAUGGUAAUACAGACAUAUAUAGGAUCCGAUUUUUACCAAAUGAAGACUGGAGUGGUACAGCCUUUAUUCAAUACAAACCUUGGGAUUUUACUGACGGCCUUACUGCUGGGACAUUGAAUGUUGAUACUACGUCAAUAGACCCAGUAGUUGGAGCAUAUAGUCUAAUUGAAGGCAAAGCAGUUAUUACAGUGGAACCAGAAAACGAUUCACCAUCACUGUCAUCCGGUAGUAAUUUUUCACCUAUGCAGGAGGACAUCAUCACCUCAACUGGUACUCUAGUAAUUCAGCUCAUUUGGUCUAGUUGGAGUGAUAAGGACGGAGACGGACAAGGGAUUGCUGUAGUCCAUACUGAUAACAGACACGGAGUAUGGCAAUAUGGAUUUUCAUAUCCAGUGACCUGGUACGAUUUUAUUCCAAUACCAACACUUCACUAUGCUACCCUUUUGAGUUCAAAUGCUAAACUACGCUUCUUACCAGAUGAAAACUUCAACACAGUGUAUGACAAUGAUGGAAAUGCCCGACCACCAGAUGAUGUGCCAUACAUAACAAUACUUGCCUGGGACCAGACAGGAGAUACAUCGCUCCAAAAUGGUGUGGAUGUUUCGGAUCAUGCAGCUGAUUCAACCAGUCCAUUUAGUAGUGGCACAUACAAUGUCACCCAGCAAAUCACUGCGAUAAAUGACAGGCCAGUUUUGAAACUGACCGACCCAGAUACAUCGUCUUAUGAAACAACCUUACUGGAGAAUGAAUACGAGGUGGCAAUAGUCAGUGAGAAUGUAACUUUAUAUGAUGUAGACAGCCCGUUUCUGCAGCUGUUGAAGGUUACAAUUUCAUACAAUUUUGACUCAAAUUCUGAAAACUCAGAAGAAAUGGAUUGUGAAGGAACAUCUUCAUCAGAUGAUGCAAUAGAACAGAUAUUGUAUUCCCUAACUGACCUACAAAUUGAUGCUACAGUACAGUCAUGGUGUCCAUAUGAAAUAGAGUUUCAGGCAAUUGGUCCAACGAUCCCAAUUUCACAAUUUAACACUCUUCUUAGAACCUUAAAGUACUCAAAUACCAAGGCUGAGCCUCACCCAGCUGACCGGACAAUUUCAUUUAGUGUAAAAGAUACAUAUACCAUGAGUUUGACAGAAGAAACCACUGUUCAUGUCCAGUUCCAGAAUGAUGCCCCGAAGUUACGAUUAAACCUAUUAGGAAAUGAUACACUAUAUAUGACAUAUAUGGAAGGUGUAGGUUCAAUGAAUAUUAUCCCUGAAUUAAUCUUAACAGAUAGCGACAGUACUGUGAUUAUGGAUGCAAUUGCAGAGUUAGCUGAAGUAUUUGAUGAUGGAUUUGAGAUUCUUCAGGUGCAUACUGAGAACACAAACAUCAUGGCAACAUAUGUUGAUGGUAGAUUAACUUUAACUGGUGCUGACUCAAUUCAAAACUAUGAAAUAGUUUUACGAUCUCUUGUUUAUGAAAAUUCACAUCAAAAUCUUUCUGAAAGUGAAAGAACAAUUCAGAUUAUGGUACAUGAUGGCGAUAUGAAUUCAUUACCGGUGUUCUGUUUACUGUCAGUGAUAGCAGUGAAUAACCCACCUGUAUUCUUGCAAAACUCUAUCCAGUUAACACCCAUUAAAGAAGACAGUACUGACCCUCCACCAAUUGCAGUAACAGACCUACUCUACUAUGCAAGAGAUGUAGACAAUGUUGAUUUAGGAAUUGCAAUUAUCAAUUCAAAUGAUGGCGAGAGUGGUACAUGGCAGUUUGAAACAAAUGGCGUUUGGACAGACAUGCAUGUUACUGAUAUUUCCAAUACGCUUUUACUCAAUUCUGAGCAAGUUAUUAAAUUUCAACCAAACAAUGAUUUCAAUGGUGCUAGUUAUUUGGAAUACUUAGCUUGGGAUUUAAGUGAUGGUCAUCUUAGUGGAUCAAUCAAUUUAGAUCUUACUCAAAGGGACAUGGUCACUGGUGCAUUUAGUGUAGACAAUGCAACUGCAAUAAUCAUGGUGGAAGCAGUCAAUGAUUCACCAGUGAUGAUGAGUGAAGGAUAUUUUAACACAAUUUAUGAGGAUAUUCCAACAGAACAGAAUAAUGGAACAGAAGUUAGCAAGCUUUUGGAGAACACGUGCACUGAUAUUGAUGGUGAUAUUGUUGGUGUGGCAGUUAUUGGAGUAGAUAAUCGUUAUGGAAUUUGGCAGUGGACAUGCAGCUCUUCAAUGGACCGGGAGUGGCACGACCUCAUUGGUGAUAUAAUGUAUGGUAAAAUUGUACCAGAAACACCAAUUCCUGAGAAAGCAACAUUGUUAUCUGCAGACUGUUCAAUUAGAUUUCAGCCACAAGAUGAUUUCAAUAGUGAAGGAAAUACUGAAAUUGACCUUGGUGCAAAACAUGCUAUGCCAUAUGUCACGCUACUGGCUUGGGACAACACUGGUGAUACCAAUGGUAAAUCGGGAUGCCAUGGACAAGAUACAACACACAAUACAGAGAAUGAUAUAAAUGAGUUCAGUUCUGAUGCUUAUAACUUUUCCAUUUUGGUAGAAGCUACAAACGACCCACCAUCAUUGAAACUGGGCAAUUCAGAUGCUGGAAACUUUAAAACACACUUUAUUGAGGAUGGUGACAGAGUUCACAUUGUUGAUGUAACUUUUGUUAACAUUGUGGAUGUUGAUGACAUCUUUAUGAAAAACAUGACAAUAAGAAUUAAUAAUGUAAUAGAUGGAGCUGGAGAGAUCCUAGAAUUGCAAUCAUCAAACAUUGUUUCAAUGUCUGGAUCACAAGUCAGAAUUAAGCUAACACUAAAUGGAAGUGCGACUAUAGUGAAACUAUUACAAUACUAUAACUCUCAUUCUGAUAACUCUACUAUAGGACGCACCAGCCUCACUUUCAUUCCUAGUGAUCAAUCUGAACAAAUCCACAGUGAGGCAUUCAUUGAAUUGCUAAAACAUGUUAUGUACAGUAAUCAUGUUGAUGAACCAAAUAACACAACUAGAAUGAUAACAAUUGACAUAAGUGAUGGGCAGGAGUCAGGACAUGCUACAACAUUGAUGGAGUUUGUAAUUGUGAGUGACCAUAACCCAGAAAUAACUAUGCCCACCGCAGAAUUAUUUUUUACUGAAGGAGACUCAGAACUUUAUAUAUUCCCGGAUAUUCAGCUAGCAGAUGCUGAUGACAAUACAUACUACCACAUACAAGAAGCUGUAGUAACUAUAUAUCCACUAUUCAGUGGGACCUUAGUAGAUGAAUGGCUCACCGCUGUUGACUUUAACAGUGAACUAACUUUGGAUUACAAUUCCACCACUGGACUUCUCACAAUCAGCACACUGUCAUCAAUUGAGAAUUACGAGGCGAUAUUGCGAAGUGUGGUUUAUGUCAACCAAAAUCCUGAACCACUUCUCAUAGACAGACAAGUCACUGUCAAAAUAACAGAUGAUGCAGGACUAGAAAGCAACAUUGAAGCAGUCACAAUCAGAAUUCUUGUUAUUAAUGAUAACAAACCUAUUGUCUAUGCUGGUGAUCUUUUUCAUUUCAUCGAAGAUACAGACACAUCUGUGGAAGUAUCAAGUGGUUUAAGAUUAAUCGAUGCCGAUAGUGGGGACCUUCCAAUUAGUUAUGUUAAUAUUUCUAUUCCAACAGCUUAUGAUGAAUUUGAUGAAUAUCUCGAAGUGGACCUUUGUAACAACAUCACAAAACAAUACUUGCCAGCAAUUCACACACUUCAGCUGACUGGACCAGCAACUAUUGUACAGUUUCAUGCUGUUCUGGAAUCAUUGACAUACAUAAAUAUUGCAGAAGAACCAACUCCUGGCAUACAUACCAUACAAGUUAUUGCUAAUGACGGCAUAUACACCAGUUCUCCAGCGUAUAUUGAAGUAGAGGUUGAAGCUGUUAAUGAUAGCCCCAUACUGGACCUUGAUAUUCUCUCAGAAGGAAGAAAUAUAUCAAUGACCUAUAUUGAAAACGCUGGCGCUGUGCUCAUACUUCAAAAUUACUCACUGUCUCUGACUGAUAACGAUAAUAAGAAUCUCUCCUUUGCUGAAAUCAGUUUGCAUCAUCCUGGGAGCGGAUAUUUUGAAAUCAUUAUCACUGACACAUCAGACACCAACGUUGAAGUCAGUCAACCAAUAAGUUCUACUCAUAUUACUCUGACUGGAGAAGAUACAAUUGAUAAUUACAGGAAGAUUUUACUACGCAUGACAUAUGAGAAUGUCAAUAAUAAUCCAGUGACAGACAAUCAACUAAUAGAAAUAACAGUAUCAGAUGGCCUGCUAGCAUCCAGUGCAUUUGUUCACCUUCAUAUAACAGCUGUAAAUGACCCUCCGGUUGUUGAACUCAAUGACUAUGUAAAUGAAGUUGUGUUUAUUGAGGAAGGCAAUGAAGUAUUGAUUUCACCAAAUAUAACAAUUGAGGAUUAUGAUGAUAGUACAAUAAUAAAUGCCAGCAUCCAAAUAAGAAACUGUCUUGAUUGUCCAUUAGAAAAAAUCAUUGUAGACAAUGGCUUGAUCAGUCACUUCGGUCUGACUGUCAGCUACAACACUACUUUUGGUACCAUGUCAAUAAUAGGUCAAGGAUUAACCAGCACAUACCAAACGGUGCUCAGAAGUAUUGCAUACAUAAACCAUGCUGAUGAGCCCAAUUUUGAAACCCGGCUAGUGGAGUUCAUCGUGAAUGAUAAUAGCGAUGCCAGUAUCCCGGCAUAUGCCAGUGCGAUAAUUGCAAUGAUCAACGAUCCACCAACUUUACAGGUAAACAAUCUCUCAUCAGAAUUUCACACCUCUUUCAUUGAGCAUGGUCAUCCAGUGGGAAUAGUUGCUGAUUCAACACAAAUAUCAGAUGUAGAUGACACCAUGAUAGCCAAACUGAGUGCAGAAAUCCUAAAUAUUAAAGACCUUGGUUAUGAAACUUUAUUCUUUGACUUAGAUGAUCUUCCUGCAAGUAUCAUUCAAUCAGCAUUAUCAGUCACUGAAUUAGCUGAGCUGAACUCACAUGAUGGCCUGAUGAAUUCUACUAGAUCUUUCUCUGUCACCCAAGAGUUCACAUUGCACGAAUGGACUGAGAUCAUGAAGACUCUGCGCUACUGCAAUACAUACAACAAUGCAACAGGUGGUAAGCGUACUAUAGAAAUGUAUAUCACAGAUCCUUCUGGAGCAUCAAGUAACAUUUGCCACAGUUAUAUAGAUGUAAUUCCAGUGAAUGACCCACCAGUACUAACAAAACCAUUCACCUAUGAGUAUGUUAUUAAGGAAGAUCAGAAUCUCACAAUUCCCGUAUUAGCAAAUUUUGAAGAUGCAGAAGAAAUUCUAGAUAAUGAUAGUAUUGUAAUCCUAUCUGAUCCUGAUUAUGGAAGCGUGCUAACAAUUAAAGGCAACAUAGAAUAUUUUCCAGAUUUUAAUGAUUAUGGAAAUUAUACACUUUCAUUCCAUAUUUGUGACAGUUUGUUUGCCUGUUCGGAGCCUGUGGUCAUUAAUAUCACCAUCCAAUCAGUUAAUGAUCCUCCAUAUAUAAUAGAACCACUUGAAAUCAAUGUUGAUGAAGAUAGUUCAGUUAAUAUCAACCUCAGGGAUUUUGUUGGUGACUACGAGGAUGAUCUCAUUCCACAUAAUCCUUUCCCUGCAGUCACAUUCUUAGCAGGUCCAAACACAGGAAAGAAGAAUGUAAGCAGUGACAAUCAACAUGUUUAUUUCACUCCACAUACAAAUAUCAAUGGCCAGGACCUUAUCAUUGUGUCAUUCUGUGACAGUGACAAUGCCUGCAUUGAGUAUGUCGAGAUAACUAUUAAUGUCAAGUCAGUUAAUGAUCUACCCGGAGUAACUGUAGUUUACCCAGACCAAAGUGAGUUCUUCAUACCCAAUGAAGACACACCAUUGCAGAUUGAAAUAAUUUUAGAGGACUUGGAGGACAGAACACCUGGUGUGCUGACGAUCAUAUCAGUAAACAGUGGUACUGCAGAACACAAUCCAAAUCAUCAGUCAGAAUCCAUCGAAUAUGACACAGUAUAUAAACUAACAACUCAUAUUGACUACAUGCCAUUUAAAGAUUUCUAUGGAAUAGAUGAAAUCUUAUUUGAGGUGUGUGAUAACGAUAAUGGCUGCAUAAACACUACAAUUGAUAUAGACGUACAGCCAGUAAAUGAUCCACCAUUGAUAUCAGUCACAACAUUAUACAUGGAUGAGGAUGACAUAUUAACCAUCAAUAUGCCACAUGACCUAAACAUCACUGAUGUUGACAAUACUUUAGACUACACGAAUGUAGAGUUAAUGAAAGAUGUAAAUAUUGGGGAUUUACACGGUCACAAUACAUCUAUAUGGGUUUACCAUCCACCAGACAAUUUCUACUCAGACCAGUAUACAGCUGAUAUUGUUUUUACCGUCAAAGCAUGUGACACUGACCUACUUGAUCAACAAUGUACAAAUGGUAAUAUAACUAUCAUCGUAAUACCUGUUAAUGACCCUCCAAUUACACCUGUCAUUGCCAUUGAAGUCGAUGAAGAUGGCAGUAAAAUGUUCAACCUGGGUGAAUACAUUUGUGACAUUGAAGAUGGUAUGGUAAGAACUGACAGAAUCAGCAUAAUUGAACCAACACCACAACUUGUGUCAGUUAGUUAUGAUACUUAUACAGGCGAAAUCACUGUUAGUGCAAAUACCAAUGUCUAUGGAUUCGAACAAGUGCAUUAUCAGGCCUGUGACUUGGACAACAUUUGCAGUGACAACGGGCUGAUAAAUAUAGAUGUUAUCAACAUCAAUGACCCACCAGUUGCAGAUGACUUUGUGUAUGAAGCUAAACAAAAUGAACUGCAGUUGAUCAGCUUAUUCGACAAAAUACAUGACACUGAGUUAACAGAAGCAGAAAAGAUAAUUUUACUUGAUGUCUCGCUCAUAGACCCUCAAAGUGGUCAGUACGUUGGUAACAUUGUAACAGAAAAUGGCGGGACUGUUAAAGUGCUAAAACACCAUGCACUACUUACAUAUGAACCAAGAAUUGAUUAUAUUGGAAUUGAUUAUUUCAAUUACUCUGUGUGUGAUGAAUGUGAUGAAAGGCUUGGUGUUGUAGGAGUUACAGACAUCAGCUGUGUCAAACAGAGGGAACAGAGCAGUGGCUUGAGUAAAAACAAGAAUGGCAAAAGUAUUGCGUGCGACCAUGGUUUCAUAACAGUGUAUGUGCUGAAUUCUAAUGAAGCACCAGUCGUUUCUGAAAUGUCUGCAAUUACCAUACAACCAGAAUCAGUUCUAAUACAACCAUUUCAAGAACCAUUAAGUGGUCUCACUACAGACAGCAUGAACAUUUAUGACCCUGAUGAUAUUCAGGCAGCAGGUAUACUCAACCAAGGAAUGGAUCUGGAACAAUACAAUUUAAUUGACAUCUCUGAUAUCAACAUCACAAGUCUUUCUGUUGUGACACAGCCAACAAUGGGAUCAGCUGAAACAGUCUUCUCAGAUGAUGAGCUUCCAGGUUUGUUGUACACACCAUUUUCUGGUCAAAAAGGCUAUGACAGUUUCAUAUUUCAAGUCUGUGAUAAAUCCACUGAAUGGAAGAUUGGAACGUGUACUUGGGCAACAGCAAGAGUACAUGUUACAACUCCAGGACCAAAUAUAACAGCCAUCAUAGCAGAACCAGCCAAAGAAGAAUUAGGUGACCUUAUACUUCACACUGACUGCAAAUUUUCACGAUGGGAUACAAUAAGUGUCAUAUUUGAUCGUGAUACCAGCAUGCCGCCUCAUGGAAAAGAGGAUACAGAACUAUCUGCCAAUGAUUUGAACACACUUUUUGAGUUUGCUGAUCCAUUCAUUACUGAAAAUAUGAACAGCAACCCUUACAUUGGAGUAUGGAAGACUCCAAACAUUCUCCAAAUCACCAUAGUGGACGAGGGAUACCCUCAACCAGCUGUAGACAUUGGAACAUGGUUUCUGAAGAUAAAGAACAUUGAACCAUGUGGAGGAUUUGAUGAACUUUCACAUGAACCGCUUCCAGUUGAAGAAUGGUCCGUAUUUUGUAUGACAGAUGCUGGCUACAACUCGGCUCACUCAACAUCAACAUCUCCAUUGUUGGAGGGCAGUUGGGGGUACCACAUACCAACAGUGAAGGAUAUUAUAAUUCGUAAUCGUGAUGUGCCUGUGCAAAAACUUAGAGAAAACAGCAACUAUUUUGGUGAAAAGUCAGAACUAGUCCUGAGUCUCUGGCCACCUCUGUCUUACCUACAAUUCGUAGAACUUUGUAAGCUUCAAGCAGACGAGAUUAUUGAUUUUACUGUAUUUGGUGAAGGCACUGAACUAACAAAGGCAAGUUGUGAAAACAGAGUACCAGAAGAGGUGGCACAGACAUCAGAAACCAGCAGCACAGUCUAUCGAGGAACAUUUCUUAGAUCUGUAAAUAAACGGUCAUUGGAUCUUCUUUCCAGUUCUGACCCGAAAGGCACCAAAUUUGAAUCCUGGAUAAGAGACAAAAGAUCAUCUUCAUUUGAUGGCAAUUCAUCAACUAUCAUGCCAGUGUUCACAGAGUUGGUGUUUGAGGUUACAAAAAUGUCAAAUGCUCUGAUAAACCCAGAGGUGGACAGAGACACUUUUAUCAAAACUGUCACAUCAUCAAUAAAAUUGGUGACGAUAGCUAAUAUUGUAUCAGUCACAACAGGUAUGUCUGGUUUGGAAGCUUUAAACUACACAACUGACAUGAUAAUUCCAUUGGAGAAAGCUGAGCUUUACCAGGAGUACAUCAUUGGAGAAAUUCCACAAGUCAUUAGUGUAACAGCAAGUGACCCAGACAAUUUAGACAUGAAUUACAGUGAUGGAGAUGUAAUUAGCAUUGUCUUUGAUAAAGACACUGACAUGCCUGCAGUAACAGAAAGGGCCGAUUUGGACAAGAUUUUUAUGUUUGAUCCUUCGCUAGGAACUGAUUAUUCAGGAAUGUGGAAGUCUUCCCAAGAUUUGGAAAUAACAAUAAUAGAUUCAUACCACAAUAGCAGAGACAGUAGAGAUAUUCAAAAUAUAUCCAUCACUUUUACACAUAAUAUAUUAUACUCAGGACAAGAGUUCACUGGGCAGUAUCUGUACCUUCCAACAACAAGGCCCAAUUGUGUUGGAGUAAAUGUCUGUGGUGGCAACACCACUGCACUGACUAUAGGAAUAUGUAGUGAAGAUGGACUGUCAUGUCGUGCUACAGGCACAUAUUUCAUCACUGAUGGAAACUUUGGUACAGGCAUUGCAAAUAGUUCACUUUGGUGGAUUAUUCCAAUUAUUAUCGGAUGUGCUAUUGUACUCUUCAUUCUUAUAAUCAUUGCAAUUUGCUGCUGUAAAUACAAGAAGAAAGCUUUUGAAUUGCAACAUGGAUCAUUUGAUACUUCAAAACUCAAAAGAAGCUCAUCCACUCGAACAUCUUGGAAGGUUAAUGCCAAAACACAGAAGAUUGGUCGCACAGCUCCAGGGAUACUUCCACAAAUGAUGUUAUUUAAUUCACAAGCUCAUUCCAAAAAACUGGUUGAUGAUGUCAGCAAGGCACAGUAUGGGAAAAAGCAAGUGAAUGUGGAUUAUUCAACUGUACAGUCAAAUAAGAGUGACGACAGCACAGAUCCAACUGUAUCUGCCAUGUUUCCAGAUCUGAGAGCUGCCUUGUUGCUUCAACGUCACACCAAGCAUAGUUCUAUUGGUGAAUCUGAACCCAACAUUCAUCCCCAUUCACCGACAAGAUCAAACCCGACAGCACAGCAACCACCAUUGUUGAGACAUAAUUCAGAAAUCGACAUGUCUAUUCCAUCAAAACAUGAAGACACUAUUCCACAAUAUACUCAAGAGUGGCAAAAACUCAGUGGUGUCAUACCACCACCACCGUCACCACCCCCUCCUGACUGGGAUGACAGUUCACAAUCCAGUCCAAACAGAAAUAAUACAAAACUAUCAACACUUAGAACUGACCCGGUGCAAGAAGCACUGUUGAUUGGACAUAGGAAUUCCCUCCAAAAUGCAUCAAAUGCAAUGUCACAAAAACUUUCGCAGAUGGGUAACCAGCCAUCUUCUGUACAGGGGACAAUACCUCUACGCUACAUAUCAAGCAAUAUUCCUGAAGCAUCAGCAACAUCAAGUAACUCAAGCCUUUCUGAUGUAGGAUAUAGGACAUUUCUACAAAAUCAUUUUCCAAAAAGAAAAAUAUCUCCUUCAGUGGAGGACCUAUCAAUUCAAAGACCGGGAAAGGAAAGUCCCACAGAGGCUUUCGGAGAAGAAUCAGAAAUUGAAAUACUAGCAAAGCAGAGAAAAUCCACAAUUAAAAGAAGAUCUGAUACAAGUAUCUACAACAAAGAUGGUUAUGAACUCAAAACUCUCAGGGGCGACAGCCAUGUUCCUGCUAUGUACAACUCUGAAAAUAGCUUGCAUGAUUUAUUAGCAAGGAGGCAAUCAACAAACAAGGAUAGCUCCAGGUUGUAGAUCAAUAGAAGAGAUAUUUAAAUGGGGUUGCAUUGAUGCAGUGUAACAGUGGGGGUUGGACGAUGAAUGUUGAAUGUCAAAGAUAAUUUGGGAUAAAUACCCAAGUAAGCAGACACAAAGAAAUUCUAUGUAAAACAAUAAGCUAUUACAUAUAAUGACGCAUUUAAUUAUAUACCCCAGAAAAGGACAGAAA